AUGGGGGUGGGAUUGUUGGUGGGGUGUUUUCUAGGGUUUUUUAUAGUGAGAUGGGUGGCUAGAAAGAUAAAUUUCUGGUUAUAUGAAAGUAAAUUAGGUGCAACAAGAUAUGAACUUCCUCCUGGUGACUUGGGUUUGCCUCUCAUUGGUAACAUGUGGUCUUUCCUCAGAGCUUUCAAGUCCAACAAUCCCGAAUCCUUCGUCUCAGACCUUCUCCGCAGAUUCGGGCGCACGGGGAUGUACAAGGUGUACAUGUUUGGCCACCCUAGCAUCAUCGUGACAACCCCGGAAGCAUGCCGACGUGUACUAAAUGAUGAUGAUGGGUUCAAGCCCGGGUGGCCCGCCUCCACUGAGAAACUCAUGGGAAGGAAGUCAUUUGUGUCUAUCCCGGACCAAGAACACAAAUGGCUGCGCAAGUUGACGGCCGCCCCUGUCAACGGCUUUGAGGCACUCACCAUGUACAUGAAAUACAUCGAGGAGAAUGUCAUCGUAGCCUUGGAGAAAUGGGAGAACAUGGGACAGAUCGAACUCUUAACCGAGCUUAGAAGGCUCACUUUCAAGAUCAUCAUGCACAUUUUCUUGAGCUCGGAAGGCGAGCACGUGAGGGAGGUGUUGGAGAAGGAGUACACCGCUUUAAACUAUGGAGUCAGAGCCAUGGCCAUUAAUGUGCCCGGGUUUGCUUAUCAUAACGCGCUUAAGGCACGAAAGCGGCUUGUGGCUGUGCUGGGUGCUAUAGUGAGUAAGCGAAGGACGGAGAGAGAGGAGGAUCCAUUGCGGCCGAGGAGAGACAUGAUGGAUGCUCUGUUGGAUGCUGAAGAUGAGAAUGGUAGAAGACUGGAUGAUGAAGGGAUUGUUGAUAUUUUGAUUAUGUAUCUGAAUGCAGGGCAUGAAUCUUCAGGGCACACAACUAUGUGGGCUGCCCUUUUCUUACAGCAGAAUCCAGACAUGUUCAACAAGGCUAAGGCUGAGCAAGAGGAGAUUAUAAGAAAUAGGCCUUCUGAUCAGAAAGGUUUGACACUGAAAGAAAUUAGAAAAAUGGAUUAUGUCAAUAAGGUUAUUGAUGAAACGCUUCGCGUAGUUUCCUUCUCGUUGAUGGUCUUUAGAGAGGCAAAGAAAGAUGUCUCUGUUUGUGGCUACACCAUUCCGAAAGGGUGGAAGGUCUUGGUGUGGUUUAGGAGCGUUCACUACGACUCUGAGACAUGGCCCGACCCGAAGAGGUUCAAUCCUUCGAGAUGGGAUGACUUCAUUCCAAAAGCAGGAAAUUUCCUUCCAUUUGGAGGUGGAAGCAGAUUGUGCCCUGGGAAUGAUGUAGCCAAGCUUGAAGUUUCCAUCUUCCUCCACCAUUUCCUUCUCAACUACGAGUUCGAUCGAGCCAACCCUGAUAGUCCGGUGAUGUACCUGCCGCAUACAAGGCCUAAAGACAACUGUGUGGGAAUGAUUAAAAGAGUGACUAGUAAAACUGCAUAG